UGUCUCCUUUAACUUAAGCACUUUAAAAAAAAGAGUCUGAUUUAUUGCAGUGCAGAAUUGAACUGCAUUAGUUUCAGCUGAAUGUGCUUUAUAAUCUAGCAGCAUAAUUUAUGGUUUACUCAUAAAUUAAAAGGGGGGAAGAUGUGGGAGGAGGAUUGGAUCAACUUAACUGCCUGUUAAGCAGAACCCAUUAAGUAGUUAAUCAUUCUAAUCAGACAUGAGCUAUGUAAUCAGCUUGAAUACAGUAGUUGUUUGCUAGCACUGAAUGUAAUCAGAUCUCAGAGUCUUUAGCUAUCAAGCUCCUCUCCUGUGAAGGCCCACACCCUCUCCACAUCUAAGAAUAAAAUUAAGACUUUCCUUUUUGAUAGAGCUUAUAGUUACGGCUGGCUCAGGCUUUCCUUGAACCAUCCCUACAGUUUUUGUGUCUCUCACCUGGCAGGUUGUCAGUAUUAAAGGUCUGGAUGAUAGUUGUGGCUACACUUGUUGCUUUGGUCCUGCCUGAUGCCCUGUACAAACAACUCUAUAUAUUGAACCAUCCUGAACCUCUCCCCGAGGUUUCUUCCCCAUUAUUAUGGAAUUGUUCCUUGUGCGCUGCAAGGGUCUAAGGAGAGAGGGUGUUGUGUACACCCUGUGACAAAUGUAUGAUGGGGAGGUGGUAGCAGUGGAGGUGGGGCGCAUGUUGAGGUUGGCUGAACAAUGUCUAGAGCGAGUCAAGUCUUUCAUAGGUAAGAGAGCUGACCUCUCUGCCUCCGGCUCCGCUCCCUUUUCCUCUUCCCCUGGCCAAUCAGAGCCCAACCAGACUGCUGUCCUCACAGACACCACUGCUAACCCUGUCACAGCCCCGUCAUCUGAUACUCCUGUUGACACAGGGCAUAAAUCAACCAGCCCGACAAAGACGGGUCACUACAGGGUGUUGUCAGAUGGAACCGGGGAGCUCUCCUCUUUUCUGCCUCCUGAAGUCUUCCAGAGACUACAAACAGUGCAGUCACAGGACAUAAGCAAAAAGGAGCUGACACCCAUUGAAGAAGCAUCACGUUUGAACCAGAAGUUGAAAGCCAAUUAUGAAGCUCGUCUGGCAAGGCUCCCCCCUGGCAAGGCCUACCAGAAGACGUCUUUGACGCUGUCUCUCCAGCGGCAGAUGAUGGAGAACCUCAUCAUAGCCAAAGCCAGGCAGGAUGCUCUCCAGCGGAAGAUGGAGGAGAGAAGACUAAGACUGCAGGAAGAGGCCAACAGGAGAUUUUCAGCAUCUGGGGCAGAGGAACAAGAGCAGCGCAUUCUCUAUACCAAUGUACUGGAAUAUGAGCAGGACCAUGAUUGGCCUAAACUGUGGAAAGCCAACAUGAAGAAAAAUCCUGAUGAUGUCACAUUAGUAUCAGGUCUAGUCUCCUACCUACUCAGCCGGGCUGACCACCCAGUGGUGAAGCUGCUAAGGAAACACCAGUACCGGGUUUACAACAGACUCUACCCCAUCGUCAGUAAAGGUCUCGUCCAGAGUCCUUCAUGCCCGCUGACACCUUCUCGCAGCACUCACCUUCCUCACCCAGAGAAGAAGACGACCAGAGGCAGCAGUGUUGGCGGCCAGAGCUUCAGCAUGGCCUCCUCCCUCUCCCCCUCACUCUCUCACGACCACUCCACCAACUAUGAUGAUGAGGUAGAGGAGGAGCUUCACUCACAGGCGACAGUGGAUCGGGAGAACUCGUUUGAAGAUCUGGAGCAGUUCCUGACCCAGCUAGACUGGGCCCCGCUCCACAGCAGCACAGAGGACUCGGAGGGGACCUGUGAUCCGUCGCUGCAGCCGGAGCAGGACGAGGGCAGCCUCCAGGAGCUGGAGAUGAGAGCGCUGAAAGAACAUCUGAAGGCUGUGGUCAAAGACAUUCAUAUUGCAAUCGAUCAACUUCUGUCCCUGUGUUUGCUCUCCUUUGAGUGCCUCAACACAGCCAACUCUAAAGACCUGUGCCUGGCCAGCAUAGAGGAAGCCUUCUUCACGCCACUCUGGAGCGCGCUGGUGGCUCUCUUCAGGAGGGUCUACAGAGAAAGGGAGCAGGCCUUUGAGACGAGUAUGAAGCUGUACCAGGAUGUUUCACCUGGAGAUGUUGGUGUUCCCUCCAAACUAUUCCCCGAAGACUCUGACGCCCAGCAAGGUUCCUACCCAUAUGAGUCUGCUGUGCAGGAACUGAAGCUCCUGCUCAAAGACUGCUGUCCACAGAGGAAGUUGGAAUGCAUUGUUAGGACAUUACGUCUGAUCUGUGCCUGCGCUGAGGACUACAGGUGUCUUCAUGAUGUGGACUCCACACCAAAAACAGCCGCCAUCGGUGCAGAUGACCUGCUGCCCAUCCUGUCCUUUGUGGCUCUGCGCUGCCAGUGUCCUCAGCUGGUGUCUGAGUGUGCUGCUCUGGAGGAGUUCAUUCAUGAAGGCUACUUGAUAGGAGAGGAAGGAUACUGCCUGACCUCCAUGCAGAGUGCCUUGGCCUACGUCGAGUCACUGCAACCAGGACAACUCCCUGCACACAAACUCGUAUGAGAAAGGCUGCUGCAGUCCGAGGGAUCACCCUCCCAGCAUGCCCAGCUGCUCUGCAGAGAGAGCAGCUGAACCUGCAGCUCCCUGCAUGUUCUCCCACUGACUCAACCAGUGCCUAGGAGCUGAUUAUUUAAUCACAGGCUGGGCUUUGCCAGGACUCUGCUAAGUGUCUUCAUCCUGCUGCACUGCUGCAAGAGCUAGCACUGGAUAGUCAAAGGGACUGAAUGUGGGAGAGAUUGGAAUCCUCUUAGGGAACCUUUGGAAGUGAAGCCAUUGAUUAUAUGAAUGCGGACAGAAUAUAUUGGUAAACUAUAUUCCAUGCUAAUUCUUUUUUUUCUUCCCUGAAUAAGGAAGCCAACCACAUGUGCUUCAGUUAUAGCAUUUCAAUGUUUUAGGAAAGCCACUUGAAGACCACAAUGCCUAUUUUUUUUUUUUAAUUAUAAACGCAUGGCGCAAACUCAGACUCAACUAGAUCUUUAAGACUAUAAAAUAAGAAUUGUAUUUGAUGCACUUGGGGUGAGGCUACACUCGAUGAUGGCUGAGUUUUGACUAGAUCUACUGGAGAAAGAGAUCUAACACACUGGAGGAGCACAGGGAGAACAGUUUAUACUGUAUGUCAACAGUCACCAUGUUGGUUACCCUUUCAUUUACAUCAGGGUGAGGGUUAGGUGGUACUGACUGAAGGUAGUAAUGCAGUUGCACUCUGCACUAUCUGUCAGUGUGUGUGUUGCAAGCCUUGCCACAAAACGUCUAUCUUUUUAAUGCCAAGUUUAAAAAUCAACAAACCCUCCAGAGAUAAGGUACAAAGUAAAGUCAUUGUCACAGCUUCUCACCUAUUUCCCAACUACCUCGACAUCUACACCGAAAUGGCACGCUUAAUAAUUGGAAAUGGAUUAUCCAUCCAUCUUGGGGCACUUUUAAAACUGUAGCUGUAUGGUAUUAAACAGAUGGUGUCAUGUUGAUUGGACGUGACGAGUUCUUUAGUGAUAUUCGACAUUUUUAAAAUGCAAUGAUGUCCUUCAAACUCAUUGCUUUUAAAAACAUGCAUAGUUUUAGUCUGUUACUGACGAAUCACGUUUACUCGAUUGACCGUUCCCAAAAGCAUGAUGUUUUUUCUCUAGUGUGCUUUUGUCCAGUCCAGGCAGACAUUGGUUUAAAGUGCACCAAUCAGCUUGAGUUGUGGGUGCAUUAAUGCAUUUGAAACUUCAAAAUGAGUACCAAGUGUGCUGUUGUGGUGCCUCUAGAUAUCUGUAAUCAUGGUAGUUGAUGGCAGUGAUAUCAAAUGUACUAAAUGCUUAAUAAGUUGGCGGCUAAAAUCUGCAAAAAUAUUGUUUGGUUGUUUUGAAGACACACCGGAAGCGGACUGGCAUCCAGUGUAGCGGCUUAAAAAACUGCAGUUUUAUAAAUUGUCAUUUGAUUUAGUUUGUUGGCUUGCUUGAAUUGAAUUGAAUUUGUUUUAUUUCUGCAUGGGCCCAAAAGAUGUGAAAAUAUGUCCUCAGAACUGUUUUGGUUUUAGUAGCUACUUUUUGUGACUUAACACCAAAAACAGAUUUAUGUCUAUGUAACACAUCUUAUUCUUUAUGUAAUUAUAAUUAAAAUGACUAACAUGUUUGCAAAGUGGAUGAAUCCACUUCAUUGAUGUAAUGUACAUGUUGGCAUUGUUUUUGAAAACGUUUGUUAUUAUAUAACAUUUACUGUGAAAGGCUGGGAAUGUAAGAAUGACUGAUGAAUGUGUGUUUGAGUCAAUAAAGAUAAUUAUUUA